GAAACAAAAUUGAGUCUCAAGAACUCCUCUUCCUUAAAAAAAAAAAAAAAAAAAAAAAUGGCUUCUUUCGGGGUGCCAUUUCCAUGCCAAGAAGGGGGAGCUGGAGUGGUCACUGGGUUCUGUAUCGUCAUCAGCAACAUCGAAGGCGUUGGAGAUGAUCGGAGGGAUUCCUCGUUUGCUUCCAACCAUGGCAGUGUUCUUCGCGGAAGGUUUUGGUUGGUGUCAAAAAAUGGGGUUGCAUCCCGAAUCUGUGGAGCCUCGACUGAAUCCCACGGCCGGACCAUAGGGUCGGUUCGGUCAACGAUGGAGGAUACAACCUGGAUUCCGCAUGCGAUCCCACAUCAUUUUCUACACUGCAGCUCCUCCUCAGCUCCUCCUCCUCCUUCCUCCUCGUCUUCGUGUCGUUCUUUCUUUGUUCGGCGCGGGUGGAGGUUUCAGCGAAGGUCAAAGAAGGGGGAAAAGGGAGGUCAUCUCUUCGAGGACGAGCUUCAGCUUCUGGGCGAAUUCAUUUAGUUGUCGGGUACGUUGUUGUUUUAAUGGCGGGUAUGGAUUAUCUCGGGAUUUCGGUGGACUAUCGCCCUCGUCCUCCUCCAUUGAUGAAGAUGAUGUCGAUUAUAGUGGUGCUUGCGAUGUUGGUGGUGUUCGUGAUUUGGGUGUCCACCUGCAAUGGUCCAGAUCGGCCUCCUGCGAGGAAAUGCAAUGAUAAAGAGAGUGCAUCAGAUGUUGUGAUCAAGCACAUACUAAACACGCCUCUCUUGAAACCAACGAAUCCCAAAGUCGCAUUUAUGUUCUUGACUCGUGGUUCGCUUCCUUUUGAGCCGCUCUGGGAUAAGUUUUUCCAGGGUCACGAAGGAAGGUUCACAGUCUAUGUUCAUGCAUCGGGAGAAAAACCUGUACGUGUGAGCCAUUACUUCAUUGACCGAGACAUAUGUAGUGACCAGGUGGUGUGGGGAAAAAUGUCCAUGGUUGAUGCUGAGAGACGGUUAUUGGUAGAGGCACUUCGAGAUCCUGAUAACCAACAUUUUGUGUUACUCUCUGAAAGCUGUGUGCCGUUGCGUACUUUUGACUAUGUGUAUGAUUAUCUUAUGCACACAAAUAUCAGCUACGUUGAUUGCUUCGUGGAUCCUGGUCCACAUGGGAAUGGCAGAUUCUCAGAACACAUGUUACCUGAAGUCAAGAAGAUAGAUUUUCGGAAAGGUGCCCAGUGGGUCACAAUGAAGCGGCAGCAUGCUUUAAUUGUCAUAGCCGACAAUCUAUAUUACUCGAAAUUCAGGGACCAUUGUCAGCCAGGUUUAGAUGGUAAAGAUUGCAUUCCUGACGAACAUUACAUUCCAACCUUUCUCAAUAUGGUGGAUCCUAGUGGAAUCUCAACAUGGUCGGUGACACAUGUUGAUUGGUCUGAGAAAAAAUGUCACCCCAAAUCCUACAAGGCUCAAGAUGUCACAUUUUAUCUUCUGAAAAAUAUAACGUCAAUUGAUGUGAGCAUACAUGAAACGAGUGACAAUAAGCAUAAAGAGCUGACAAAACCUUGUUUGUGGAAUGGGGUGGGGAGGCCAUGUUACUUGUUUGCGAGGAAGUUCUCCCCGGAAACUUUGCACCAUCUGUUGCAUCUCUUCCCCAACUACACGACAUUCCAAGCAGGGGUGGACUUAGGUGCUGAAUGGAGCCCUUCUCAGAGCAAUGAGAAUCGGAGGAAUCCAGAACUUUGAUGUAAAAGGCAGGCAAUUGUUACUUACAUCUCAUUCCUCUUGUUGUGUAGCAUUUUCAAAUGAUAUUAUAAUGAGGUUUCUUGCGGCUGUAUGAUGCCAAAGUUUGGGCUCGUACCACUAAAAUAGCUACUUGGGGCUCAUUUGUUCUUCUCAAUUUUGAGUUUGUCCUGAUCAGGAAAUUGAAAGUUACAUAGCAGCAAAGGAAUGGACUGGUAGCUGUGUAGAUGUUGUGGGCAAUAACUGCAUUGAACCAUCACUAACUUGUCUUUGUAAACGUGAAUACACCCUUUAGUGUAACUGCAUCGAUCUAUCCUCAUUUUGAUUUCAAUAUGCUGCCUCUUAUCGUGUUUUAAUCA